AUGGCUCAACACAGAAGCACUCAAUUUUUCCGCACGAAUACUCAGGGCAAUUGCCGUGAUUACCCACAGUUCGCAGUUGAGCUUCCUGGCGAUGGUGUCCAUGUCCCUACCCACUAUCCAGAAGCUGUAACAUUCGAAAGCUACUCGUCGCUGGCUCGGGAACCGGAGACAGCACCAGCAAAACACCUUCCGCAGUCACAGACAAGAGGCUGCGAUGCCAAGACCCCAGCCCAAGUCCAGCGGCAUAGAUCCCCUCUGCAACCCCCAAAACUGUCAGUAGAAUGGUCUAGUGGCAACAAUGCCUUCGACCGCGACCCAGGAGAAUGCCACAACGAGGUUGCAUCAGUAGACAUGUCCAGAUCAAGAAGUGCGGAUACAUUCCUGUGUGCAAAUGGUCCAUUCUAUCAGCCUUCCAGUACUGAACACAUCAAUCCCCAUUGUUCAUGGACUCCGUCUGGAGCUGUUACUCCGUCGAAUUCUCCUGUUGGUGGCCACACUAUCCCUGUGAGAGGUUGUCCAUCCAUCCCAAGGCGGAGCUCAUCAAUGGAUAUGCAUGAUCAGCGACUUAGUGUGUUGCAGGCCAUAGCUCAAUCUACACAACGAUAUAGUACUGCGUCGCAUGAACACUCGAGGGUUCGCGGACACUCUAGAGGCGAGUUUCACAGAACUCAUUCGUCGAGCACUACUUCUCCAAAUCUCAUUGACGACCGUCAGCAAGGUGCAGGACAUUACCGCGUUCCUUCCGUGACAGUGGACAAUCAUCCACUUGAAGAUGCUCAUCAUUCUUCUCAGCAAUUCGUGGUCUCGGUAGACACCAACCAUCAAGACUUUCGAGGUCGAGAAGAAACAGGUAGUCGAUCAUCGGAAAGCCUCGCCAAGGGCACUGAUGCUGGACAUCAACCACACGUGCGCCACAACUCGCUGGAGCUUCCGCAUGCGCACUCACAGCGGUCAAAAACGCCAAGUCCAGAUUCUUCGUAUGCUUAUUGCCAACGCUGCAAGGCUAACCAGCAUUUUGUGUCAUUCUGCCCCGCAUGCGCGUAUAAAUACUGCGUUCCGCACUGGGAGGAGCAGCCGCUCCAUGACGCAGGCCAAAGGUCCAUGCAUGGCGUGCCUCAUGAGAAGACCGAUCCAAACUUGGUCGACAGGAUUCUGUCAAUCAUUGAUCCUCCCGACGAUGAUCACAAGCAAGCGCAGCUGCACUUCGAAGAUGAGCAAACCAAAUGGUUUGGCGUGUUGCCCGAUGAAGCUGGACAGCUGCAGUUUCAUGAUUGGGGACGAUAUGAAGAAUUUCUCGGACAAUCACACCCACCCAUGAGAACUCAGCAGCAUCCUAGUCUGAUCUCCUUCGUUGGUCCAACUGGUGCUGGUAAGAGUACGAUUGUCAAAGCACUAAUCCGAGACUUCGGGUCGUCUGAAGGAGCUCAGCAACUUCAAACCCCUGUUGUUGGCCUCGCGAAACAACGUGCGAUACCAACAAGUGGAGAGGUCCAUCUCUACUGGGAUCACGCGUCUCUUUACGGUCCACGUCCACUUCUCUUCGCAGAUUGUGAGGGCUUAGGAGGCGGCAGUUGUGCGCCCGCUUCAGAACGAGCAGUGUCCGCGAGGCAGCAUCGGAAGGACUCCCGGCCUCGAGGAUCGCAACGAGGUUCGAGACAGGACCGAGGCUCGAGCCCUGAGUCCCCUUCGACAAGUGGACGGCAGAGCCCUUCUUUGCGACCUCCUUUAUCUAGGGUAUAUUCACAUCUGGCACCGGGGCGGGCUCAGACCGGCCCUCGGCCACCGUCAAAUCUAUCCCUCAAUACCACAGAGUUUCACUCCAGUCCCCCUGCAUACGGGUACUCGCCAUACUCUCCUAUCGAGCCAUCAGAUCAAACAGAGAAAGGCUGGAUUAGGGGAUGCGACAAGAACACGAGAGGUUUCACUAGACCGAUCAAGUGGGCUUCUGGAGAGAAUAGUGACCGCCAGUUUAUUGUUGAAAACCUAUAUCCACGCUUGCUGUACACCUUCAGUGACGUGAUCGUGCACGUUAUGCGUAAUGUUAAUUCUCUGGAAAAUGAAAUUGGCCGACUGAUCCGUUGGGCUGCAACCGCUGUUGAGAAGUCGUCCAAUCAGCCAAUGCUACCUUACGCGAUCAUUGUCAUUAAUGCCGCUGAUAACAGCAAGACGGACGACAUAAUGCUCAAGGUCGACUACGCGACAGACAGUCUGCUUCGCGAUCUGGAAAGCGCUGUCUUCCAAAAUCCCCAUUUCAAUACGUGGCACAGAUUCUGGCUAGACAAGCACCGACUAGACAUUCACACGACUAAAGAGCUUAUUAAAGCUUACUACAGCGAUAUCCGAAUCGUGCUGAUUCCAGACAAAGGCUGGCCUGGCCAAGUCCAUCGACAGUAUAAAGUGCUAUUAGGUGAGAUCCGGAGAGCAGUGGAAAGCAGCAAGAGAAAACGUCAGAGUGCUCGGCUGCUGCUAUCAUCAUUGCAAUUUAACCCGUAUCUUCAAAUUGCCUAUGGGCACUUUUCCGAGACUUUAGACUUACCUUUCGACUUUGUCCAGGCGUUCCAUAAUUUCAGCGAGCCUGCACAGGGACAAAACCCAAUCCUUUCCCUAUUCAGAUGCUAUUUACAUUCCCGCCGAGAGUCAAAAGCCAAUCAACUGCUGAACAAUGUUGGUCCAAUCGUCGGAUCAUGCAUCGCUCUCAAUGCCGUGCGAAAGGAGCGGCCAGGAUCACCCGAGACGCUGUUUCCGGACUAUGAGCCACAGGUCAAAGCGGCAUUGAAGGACCUUUUCGCCGAAGCAUGGCCAUGUGAAGCGAUUCAUCCGACACUUAAACAAAGAUGUGUCAUUGUCCGAACUACCCACAGCACGAAGGGACACCAACUUGCAUCUGGCAAGAUCUGGAGUGGGAGUUACGAGAGCUCACAGUCUUCAAAUGUGGACGAAAUAUUUCAAACCUAUGUGAUGAGAAUCUUCCAGCAGCUCUUUCGGUACAUAGACGACAGCCAACGGGCGGCGAGUGGUAAGCGCGAGUCUGUCGAUGAGAAACGCACUGCAUUUGCCUUGCAUAAAGACAUAGUGCUUCGGCGACAUGGCCACUUUCUGCGUGGUGGUGGCAUUGUAGCUUUAGCUCUCGGCGAAAGGAACAUGCAUGUUUCUGAAGCUACUGCUAUGUUCAAGGGCUUCGCCACUGCAGCCUUCACACCGCGUCCGGGCGUAGACAUACCCAUCAUUGGAAAGUGGAUCAUGAUGAAAUAUCAGUCCCGAUAUCUCACCGAUGGCCUCGAAAACAGCCUUCGUCCAGCUUUUGGCGAUGACCUACUCUUUGGAGGCCGUCGGACUGCAUCUCUAUCCAAGUGCAAGGUCGCGGUAACAACGACAGACACCAAUGAUGAUGCUCGGGUGCUGGCAAAUUAUAAUCGAAAGCAACGCACCGAAAGUCUCCACAUGUUUCAGCGCUUUGAGAGACCCGAGCAAGAGCUUGCGGUAUGGGAAGCCGCGCGAGCAACUUCGGCAGCACCUGGAUUCUUCAAAGCCUUUCAUAAGGAUUCUAAUCGUCACACUUAUUGGGAUGGAGCACUGAAGCUCAACAACCCGAUAUUUGCUGCGGAUGACGAACGUCGGAACAUCUGGCCAGAAGCAUCAGAGCUUCUUCAUCUGCCGGACAUCGCCCUAUCAGUGGGGACAGGCAUUUUCCCGGAAGCUAAAGCUGCCAGGCAGAAACAUGAUCCUGGGCCACGAUACGGGGCCGGCGUGAUAGACGGCGUCAAGACCUUUAUCCAUAUUGGAGUGGACGCCGUCGCGCAAUGCCUUGAUUGCGAGAGGGUGUGGGAGAACUAUGUUCAAGGCGUUCUUCCCAACAAUAACAACACAUCAAUGAGGUUUCACCGGCUCAACGUGCCCUUCAGUGGUGACAAGAUUGAGUUGGAUCAUGUUGACAAGAUGGAUGAUUUGGAGAAUAGAACAAAUCAAUACUUCGCCAGCGAUACUCAACAACAUUCCCAAAAACUUGACGAAAUUGCCAUGCAGAUGACUGCAACACUUUUCUACUUCGAAGUAACGGGCUCGGAGAAACUUCAAGCUCCUGGUAUUGUUAUCCACGGUACAAUCAAGUGCCGCUUUCCUCGCACGGUUAGCCCGGAGGGCAGUCUUGCCAAGCUGGCGCGCGGUCUAAAGGAAAUAGCUCCAAAAAAUCGACAUUUCAAGAUAUUCACAAAUGCUGCGGAGCCAAAAUGGGUAUCUGUCCCAAUCGGAGAUGAAUUACUUGACCUCAUCGUGUCACCCAUCGAGCCAAACCCCGUACCUUUCGAAAUCGGCGUCACUUUCUAUUUGCAAAGUCAAGACAUCACGACUGCCAUAUCUCUUCAUCUUGGUGAGGCACACAGCCACAUGCCGAAGCCCCAAUUGAUCAGCGGAUUUCCUCGUGUUGUCCUGCCACGACAAGCCCCGAGGCCAUCGGUUUCAAAUCCCGAAUUGUCAAGGUCCGGUAGCGUGCGAAAGAACCUGACACCUUCAUCCACAGUCGAAAGCGUAACUCCACCACGUACGCAGUUCGCAAGGCUGUCGCCCUCGCCCUCUCGGACAGGACGAGAUCUUUUUGAGCUCGAAGCGCCUCCCUUUGCGUGA